AUGUUCUAUUGCAUCUCACAAAUUCUCCUCUCUCUUCUGAUCGCCGUCGUUUUUGUUGUCGUUGUGUUGGCCGCCCUCGGCAAAUCACUUGGAUUUCGAGAGAAAUUUGUCGAUUGUCUUGUAAAUCUUUUUGAGUGGGCCGCCACUCAAGAGCAUAGCGUCGGGUAUGGACGGUUGGAUUAUGAAUGUGACGAAAGUUCAUCGGAGGGUUAUGAAGAAAAUGACGCCAGUGAAGAAAUGUCUGACAGAGACCUUUUACUAAACAGUAAAGGAAAUGAUCGCUCUAAAGCAACAAGAGUACCACGACGAUCACCUGUACGAGCCGCAAAAUUACCACACCAAAGACGGGACUCAUCUAAUUCGAGUGGUAUAAUAAAACGUGAGAAAACGAAAAGUAUCGAGAGUAAAUUAAGCAAUUUGGGUGAUAUCGAAAAAACAAGUAUUGUUGGAGUGAUUGUAGAUGAUACUUUCGACUUCAUCACGGCAGGAAUCGAGUCGAUAAUUGAAGACCAAGUAACAAGUCGUUUCAAGGCUGAAGAAUUAGCCUCAUGGAACUUGUUGACCAGAACAAGCUAUGGCUAUCAGCAUAUUAAUGGAAAAAUGACAGCACUGUGGGUGAUUGGCUUCUUUAUCCGUUACUUAAUAUUGGUACCAAUUCGAAUGGUUCUCUUUAUGGUUGGCCUAUCAUCAAUGAUCAUUAUUACUGCACUACUCGGCUACAUACCGGAUAAGAGAGAGAAUCGCGCAAAACAGGGUGGUAUAUGCGUUGCAAAUCAUACAUCCCCAAUCGAUGUGAUGAUCCUAAGUUGUGAUAAUUGCUAUGCUAUGGUUGGACAGCGGCAACCUGGAUUUUUGGGAUUUCUGCAAACAACAGUAAACCGUUCCAGCGACCACAUAUGGUUUGAACGCAGUGAGGCUACCGAUCGGAAACAAGUUUCAAAACGGUUACAAGAACACGCUGAUGAUGUGAAUAAACUGCCAAUGAUAAUAUUCCCAGAGGGUACUUGCAUCAAUAACACCUCCGUGAUGAUGUUCAAAAAAGGCUCUUUUGAAAUAGCGAGUACGAUUUAUCCGAUAGCAAUGAAAUACGACUCGCGUUUGGGUGAUGCUUUUUGGAACAGUAGUGAGCAGUCGUACGGCGAGUAUCUGUUCCGUAUGAUGACCUCAUGGGCGAUCAUUUGUGAUGUCUGGUAUUUACCAGCAAUGAGCAGAAACGAAGGAGAAGAUGCCGUUGCAUUUGCAAGACGUGUGAAGCGCGCAAUCGCCCAGAAAGGUGGUCUCGUCGAUUUGGAAUGGGACGGAGGCCUCAAACGUGCUAAGGUGCCACCAAAACUGAUCGCGCAGCACCAGAAAAUGUAUUGGGAACGUUUGUCAAGAAAAACUUCCAUCAAUGCUGAAACUUUGGAGGAGGCAGCUAAACUAACAGCAGACAUAAUCGCAAAUGAGACUCUUCGAGAGGCAUUAAAAGAAGAGGAAGAAGUGAUGAAGCAUGGAAAAGAACAAGUUGAAGAUCGUGAGCAACGUGUUCGAUUGCGUAAAACACCAGAAAUGGUAAACAACACCGAAAAAGAUUUUAGUGCCGAAGAUUUCUGCGAUAAAUUUGCAAUAAACGAAAACGACUUGAAGCAGUGUUCGACUUCAACGAUCGAAAAAGUUCAAUAA